UCUGAAAAUAUGUCAACAAACGCUUCGCAAAAAACAAAAACUUCGCAAGAAGCAAAGAUUCUGCAAGAAACAAAACCCUCGCAAACGACAAAAACUUCAAAAGCCCCGCAAGUCGAAGCUGAAUUAAAUGCGGUUUGGGUCUUGACAACAUAUUUUACUAAAUACAAAGAAGAUUUUGAAAUAGAGGAAAUCGACCAACGUUGCUUCGUUUCUGAAGAACUUGCGCGAAGAGCUAUGAAAAGAACAGCAAUGAAACUAUACCACCAAUCACUAAUUAUCCAAGAGGCUGAUGACAAAUAUUUUGAAGAGUAUGAGACGGAGAUACACUUUGGAGAAAAUCCUGAAUCAAUCGCUUAUAGAAGAGAAUUUGGUUGUUGCAAAAUCGAACUCGUUGAACUUGAGGGCAAAAAAAAGAAGAAAUAA